CUCUAUACAAAAACACAAUAAAUGUUACAACCAAAAUAAUUGAAAAAAGUAGCUCAGACUCAAGAGUAGUAGUAGAGAAGAAGAAGCAGAAGAAGAAGUAGCAUUUGCUACUUUACCCAAAAUCCCUAACCACAUAAACCCUCACAAGUCACAACCAAAGAGCAAACAAAAAUGAGAGCUUUAGAAGAAUCAAAGAUCUCUCUUGUGUUGUUGCUUCUUCUCUUCUCAAUCUUCAUCAGUUCAAGUCACCAGGCAAAUGAGGUGUCACAAUCAUCAUCUGAAGGAGAGAUGAUGAUGGUACCAUUGAUGGAAGAGAAGUUUAUGGUAAUGAAUGAAACAAGAAGGAAGCUAGGGAGUUUUCAGAUAUGUUCAGUUUGUACUUGUUGUGGUGGUGCUAAAGGUCUUUGCUUGCCUUCACCUUGUUGUUAUGCAAUUAACUGUAACAUCCCUAAUAGACCUUUUGGUUAUUGCUCUUUCACUCCUAAAACUUGCAAUUGCUUUGGUUGCCAUAUCUGAGAUCUCUUUGGAAAGAGAGAUGAAAUCUGAAUCUUGAUUCAUCAAGAAGUGUGAAAGAGAAAGAAGAAGAAGAAGAUAUGUGUUUCUUGGUUUGGUUCUUUUUGUGUCUAUAAUUUUUAUUUUUCUAGUCUUCAUUAAAUUUUCAUUACCUACUAUCUCAACAACAUCAUCAUCCUCAUUAAUUAAAUUGUCUUAUUGCAUUGCUAUUUUUCAUAAUUUUUUUUAGGGUUGUUUUUUUUUUUUAUAGAGAAUCUUGUUCACACUUCAACCAAGAUUAGAUUUGUCUUCUCUCUUCAAUCAAUUCUCUUAUCUGUCUUUCUUUUAUUUUUCUCAUUCUCUUGUUUUAGUCCAAUCUUAUGUGGUUUUAAGAAAGUUAAGCUGGCAAAUUUAAUAUGAUGAUGAUGAUGGUGUUGAUGGUGAUGAUGGUGAUGGUAGUGAUAGUGAAGCUGUUAAAGGUUAUUAAGUCUUUGUAAUGAGUGAUUUGUUCUGAUCUUAUCAAGAUCUUUAAGUGCUUGUUUAAGUUUUUUAUAAUAGAGAGAACAAAAGAGUAAAAACAAUUAUUCA